AUGGAACAAAAGCUAGCACCCGUCACGGCCUUCACCUGGCUUCCCGAGAAGCGCCCGCCUUCGCGCUUCCACAGAUUUUAUCCCGUGGGCCUGUGCUGCGGUGUCCUCACCUUGACCUCCUUCCAGGACCACUUCAACUUCACCCAGGGCCAGAAGACCCAUGUCUCCUCGCUCUGCGUUUCUUUGCAGCAGCUUGGUGCCUUUGUCGCCUGCCCUCUCAGCAUUCCCCUGUCGCGCAAGUAUGGUCGCAAAUCUUCUAUCUUCGUCGGCUCUGUCGUCUUCUGCAUCGGCGCCAUGAUGCAGACCAUACCUUCCCACAGCCUAGCGUGCUUCUACGUUGGUCGCGUCAUUGCCGGCCUUGGGCUCGGAGCGAUGACGGUUGUCGUGCCGCAGUACAAUGCAGAGAUGUCCCCCAAGGAAAUUCGUGGUCGCCUCGGAAGCUUUUUCCAGAUGGCCUUUACGCUGGGCAUCUUCACAUCUUACUGGGUCGACUAUGGUGUGAAGGUCAACAUGGACAGUAUCGACAGCCAAUGGCAGAUUCCCGUCGGCCUCCAGAUCCUGUUCUCUGGUCUGCUGGCUCUUGGCAUGAUCACCGUGAAGGAAAGCCCUCGCUGGCUCAUCACCAAAGAUCGCCUUGAAGAGGCCAAGGCAAACCUCGAGUGGGUUCGCGCUUCAGACGGUCCCGAGGUUGCCAGUGAACUCUCCGAAAUCUCCGUGGCGGUCAGAGCAGAGCAUGCUGCAACCGAAGGCCUUCGCUGGACGGAAUUCCUUCAGCCAUCCGUGUUCAGGAGGCUGUCAGCUGCUUUCGCACUUUUCAUGGCUCAGCAAGCUACCGGUGCCACCGCUUUCGCGUACUACAGUCCACAGUACUUCAAUCUGCUCACCGGCAACGACGAGACCCGCAGCUUGCUCUUGAGCGGCAUUUUCGGCGCAGUCAAAGUCAUUGCAUGCUUUGCGUUCGUUUGCCUGGCUGCUGACCGUUUUACGCGCAAGUUCAAUCUGGCUUCUGGCGCCUUCGCAAUGGCUGCUACUCAGAUCGUCACAGCUGCCGUCCUCAAGCACAAGCCCAUCGAUGAUAGUGCGGCUGCCGACGUUCCACCUGCUGCUAAGGCCACAGUCGCAAUGAUUUAUCUCUUUGUGAUGAUCUACAACUUUUCCUGGGGUCCGCUUCCUUGGCCCUACUGCAGCGAGCUCUUCUCGAACCGUUACCGCGAAGUCGGUGUCGCUGUUGGCGUGUCCAGUCAGUGGCUCUUCAACUUUGUGUUCACAAUUUCCACACCAUACAUGAUCGAUAGCAUGGGCUGGGGCACCUUCCUGCUCUGGGGACUGUUCGACAUUAUCAUCGGCUUCGGUACCAUUGUACUUGCCAAGGAGACUCGUGGUCUAUCCCUCGAGAAGACCGGACAGCCCAAGGGCUUCAAGGACGACAAUGAGGCCAAACCUGGCAACGUCUACCGUCGCCCUUCUUCCAGCUCCAUUGGCUCGGAUAACAAGAACCCGGCCCAUGUCAAGGAUACUGACAUCUAG